AUAAAUAGAAUAUAGAUGGAAAUAGUCAUAUGACUCGUGAAUAACCUCAACUGAUGAGAUUUGUUAUUAUAUUAGUAUUGGAUACCAUAACUAUAAAGUCUUUAUAAUCAGCUGACACAAUAUGCGAUUGGGUAAAGUUUUUUAAUGAUAUUCCCAAUUUAAGUUUGGAUUAUAAGUUUUUAUUUGCGUAAUAUAAUAUUUGAGAAUUAUGUGUGAAAAACAAAAAGUGUUGGUUUGUGGUGAUGUUCAAGGAAACUUUCAAUUGUUAUUUUCAAAAGUUGAAGGAAUUCAAAAAAAAAGUGGUCCUUUUGACUUAUUAUUUUGUAUUGGAAAUUUUUUUGGGGAUAAAUGUACUGAAUUAGCAGCAUAUAAAAGUGGAAAAAAAAAAGUUCCAAUCCGAACAUUUAUUAUUGGACCUAAUAGAGUUUCAGAUUUAGAACAUUAUUCUAAUUUCGAUGGGUCUGAAAUUUGUCACAAUAUAACAUACUUGGGAAAACGUGGUUUAUACAUUACCGAUUCUGGUUUAAAAAUUGCUUAUGUCAGUGGUAUUGAGGAACCGAAUAAAAAUUUACCGAAAGAAAUCAUUUUGACUGAAAAUGAUGUUAUUUCGGUCAGAAACACAUGCCUUAAAAAUCAACCCGAUUUUCGAGGAGUCGAUAUUCUAUUGAGUUCCCAAUGGCCAAUUGAUAUCAAUAGCCUUGAUUCUACUAAUCAAAAAUUACAUUUCCGUGGUUCUAAACUUAUUGCGUGGUUAGCUGCCCAAGUGAAACCAAGAUAUCACAUAAGUGCUUUGGAAGAGAUUUAUUACGAACCACCUCCAUACAGAAAUAAAACUACAAAUGGAGAAAAUAUUGACAUCGCCACGAGAUUUGUUGCCUUAGCAUCUAUUAAAAAUUUAGAGAAGAUGAAAUGGAUAUACGCUUUGAAUUUGAUGCCUAUUGACCGCACUCGUUUAGUGGAUUUAGCAGUUAGAACAACAGAUGAAAUGCCGUUUCCAUAUCCCACAUGGACGUUACUUCCAGAUUAUUUCAGUACAGAUGCUGAUAAAAAGCCAUGUCAGUAUUUCUAUGGAUUAGGAUCGAAUGAAAAUAACAAACGUACAUCGGAAGCUGAUAGAGAACGAAAAAAAAUGAAAAAAAUAGAGUUUGACCAAGCAAAAUGCUGGUUUUGUUUAUCGAGUCCUGAAAUAAAUAAAAAUUUAAUUAUAUUGAUCGGCAAUCAAGUAUAUAUAACUUUAGCAAAGGGUGGUUUAGUAGAUGAUCAUUUUCUUAUUUUACCCAUUAGUCACUAUCAAAGUCUUGUAACUUUGCCUGAAAACAUUGAAAAAGAGAUAGAUACAGCUAAAGAAAUUUUAACCCGUUAUUUUUCUCAUUCCGGAAGGAUACCAGUAUUUUUUGAAAGAAAUUACAAGAGUUCACACUGUCAAUUACAAGUCAUACCUAUUGCUCAAAAUUUAGAACCUCAUUUGAAAUCGACAUUUCAGGAAGUAGCAGAAAUGGAAAACAUUCAAUUUCAUACGAUAAAUUGCCUCAAAGAAGCUGCUCUACCAGGGGUAACAUAUUUUUUCGUUCAGCUACCGAGUGGAGAGAAAAUAUUUCAUAAAAUUGGAAAAAACUUUCCAUUGCAAUUCGGAAGACAAGUUUUAGCUAGUCAAAAUUUACUGAAUCUGAAUGACAGAAUUGAUUGGAAAGAAUGUCUGAAAAGUAAAGAUGACGAAAUGAAAUUGGCUGCUGAAGUAAGAAACAAAUUUCAAACUUACCAACUUGAUUUUUGAAGUAAAUUGUAUUAUUUUAUUAAAAAAAAAAGAAAAACAAAAAAAAAAAAUAGGUGUUGUAAUUUACAUUUAAAUAGUAUAUUAACAGUAUAAAUAUAACUUUUAUCAGAUAUUUGCCAUUGAUCCUUAACGAUUUACAGAGGUGACCUAAACUUUGAUUCAGUAUGAUCGCAUCGUCUUCGUGGUUUUAGGUAUUGGUAUUUUUAUAGUAAACACAGUAUUU